UUCCCACCCCUGGCUUUCUUGGAGGAAGUUGAACUCCAGAUGUGCAGUUCUGCACACUGAGCUUUAGAGAGCCUCUCGGCUUUUUCACCUGGUUUCUCUUUACUAUUCGGCGCCUUAGCUGGAGGUUCUCCCGUAAUGUAAAAAGCAAGUGGGCAACACACAGCCUGUACACUCCUCCAGAACCUCCUCCUGCAUCCUUUUCUUACCUCACCUCAGCUCUUCUCACCGCGGAGACAUCUGCGUGGAGAAAGAGAAAUAUUAUUGUUAAAAGUCCGAGUGGUGCUUCCCUGGAGCAGUUUGUGGGGCUUGCUGCAGCAGACCACCUCCUGAGCAUAAAGAGUGCACUCGCAUCUCAGGUGGACAGCAAACAUCGGACAGCUUGCGAGAAAUAAAAUACUUUUGGAACCAGGACUUUCGACAACAAAUUUUUCCUUUCUUGAACCGUCAUUCAUUUUGUCAUGCAGUUGAUGUGAACUGACGCCACUGAUAAGGCAAAGGUGCUUCCGCUUCAUUCCACAAUGAAGGACGACUUUACCGAUGAGGAGGAAGUGCAAUCCUUUGGCUACAAACGGUUUGGUAUCCAGGAGGGGAAUGAAUGUACUAAAUGUAAAAAUGACUGGGCACUAAGGGCAGCCAUUGCUCUCUUGUUCGUCCUGUGUGCACUGCUCACAAUAGCUGUGGCUGUAUUAGGAUACAAAGUGGUCCAGAGGAUGGAUGAUGUGACUGAGGGGAUGGAGAACUAUGAAAGCAAAAUGACUGCUGUAGAGACAGACUUAAAGAAGCUUGAUGAUCAAACGGGAGAGAAGUCAGAGAAUGCUACGAGUGAAAUCCUAUCAUUCAAGGCAGAAAUCCAGACAUUGCAGAACCAAAUUAAUGACAUUGCCGUGAGUGCAUCGAGCAACAGGGCAGCUUUGGAUCAGCUACGGGUUGUAGGUGAGGAUAUGCAGAGUGGCCAUGUAUCACUGAGAGACCUUCUAGAGAGCAAUACCAACACCAUCCUCACUGUCAAUCGUACACUAAGCACAUACAACAACCUGAUCGGUGGACUGAAGUCAGAUACGGAACGGCUCCAAUCAGAUCUUCAGGUACAGACAAGGGAGCAGAGUCGCUCCACCCACAGCCUUAAUGUUCUUAAUUUCACUCAGAGCCAGCAAAGAAAUCUCAUCAGCACACUCCAGAGUUCAGUGGAGGAUACCAGCCAGGCAGUCCAGAAGCUGAAGAAUGACUACCAGAGCCUACAACAGGUGGCCAGGCAGACCAAGGCAGAUGCUGAUUGGCUCAGAGAAAAAGUGCAGAACCUCCAAUUGCUGACUGCUAACAACUCAGCACUGGCCCGUUCCAAUAGUGAUGCACUUGAGGACAUAACGUCACAGCUCAGUUCACUGUCCGAGCAGUUUCAGAACGCUUCGACUAUUACGGACAAUCAUGACCAGAAUCUGCGUGAGCUCAUGGAUCAGCAGCGCGAUCAUGACAAUGCCACCACCAGCAGGUUUGACACUUUAGAGGCACGUCUGGAUCACAACGAGGAGGACAUGGACCGCAUCACAGGGAAUGUGAGCUUUGCUACACAGCUGCUAGGAUCCAUCAGUACUGACCUGAAUGGUCUUCGCACCUGUUCUGAGACAGUGAUGAGACACUCGGACCUGCUGCUGAGCCUCAACAGCAGCAUUGUGGAAGCCAGAGUAGAUGGCAUUGAGCUCAAAACCCAGCAAGAAGAGCUUGCUGCCAGGCUUGACAAAGAAGUGAGCAGCCUCUCCAUAGUCAUGGAAGAAAUGAAACUGGUGGACAGCAAGCACUCCCAACUCAUAACCAACUUCACUAUCCUUCAAGGUCCUCCUGGUCCCAGAGGCCCUCGGGGAGAUAGAGGACCCCAGGGGCCUGCAGGAAAACAAGGUGAGAAAGGUGACAGUGGAGAAAAAGGUGCUCCAGGUGUGCCUGGCCCUAAAGGGGACAAAGGCCCCCCCGGAAUUCCAGGCGUCCCUGGCUUCAAAGGUCCUCCUGGACCAAGGGGAAACCCUGGAUCAAAGGGCUCAAGAGGAUCAGGAGGUCGUGCUGGGCCUCCUGGUGAGAGGGGUGACCCUGGUUUACCUGGUCUUGCUGGCAGAGAUGGUCAACCAGGUUCUCAGGGGCCUCAGGGGCCUCCGGGUCCGCAAGGGCAAGCAGGACCUCCAGGACCACAAGGACCUCCGGGCCCUGCUGGUCCUAUUGGUCUACGGGGACUACCUGGCCCACCUGGACCUCCUCCUCAAGUGGCUAAACCUUUGCGACCAAUAGAACCACAAAGCGCUAUGUCUCGUCAAGUUUAUGAACCUCCUCCCACCAGCACAACAGGGUGCCCACCUCAGUGGAAGAGCUACAAAGACAAGUGCUACUACUUCUCCACUCCGUCAGAGCAAUUGAAUUUCGAUGAAGCAAAAGAAAUGUGCAAAAAUAAGACUUCUAUUAUGCUUACCAUCCAUAACGAGGAUGAACAGAUUUGGAUUCAGAGGCAAAUUGCAGGAAAGAGUUACUUUUGGCUGGGUCUUACAGACAUAGUACAGGAAAACAUCUGGAGAUGGGUCGAUGGGACCCUUCCUUCCUUUACGAACUGGAAACUAGGCCAACCAGAUAACUGGAGCCACGGCCAUGAAGAAGGAGAAGACUGCGCAGGACUCAUCCAUGAGGCCAAAAGUGACAGAGAGGAGAAAAGAAUAGCUUAGAUCUGUCUUGCUGUUGUUCCUGAUUAUAUCUCGGCGAUGCCUCUUUUCACGUCCAAUCCUUUUGAUCAAGAUGUUGAGAAAGCAACCAGUGAGAUGAACACGGCUGAGGACUGGGGCCUCAUACUGGACAUAUGCGAUAAGAUAGGACAGUCACGCACCGGACCUAAAGAAUGCCUUCGCUCCAUUAUGAGGCGAGUCAACCACAAGGAUCCCCAUGUAGCCAUGCAGGCUCUGACAUUAUUAGGGGCUUGUGUGUCAAACUGUGGGAAAAUCUUCCAUUUGGAGGUGUGCUCGCGAGAGUUUGCCAGUGAAGUUAGCAGUGUCUUAAACAAGGGCCACCCAAAAGUAUGUGAGAAGCUCAAGGCCCUCAUGGUGGAAUGGGCUGAGGACUUCCGAAACGACCCCCAGCUCAGUCUCAUAUCAGCUAUGAUCAAGAACCUGAGAGAGCAGGGUGUCACCUUCCCUGCUGUCGGCUCCCAGGCAGCAGAGCAAGCAAAAGCCAGCCCUGCCUUAGUGGCCAAAGACCCGGCAACAUCCACAACCAAGAAAGAGGAAGAGGACUUGGCCAAAGCCAUUGAGUUGUCCUUAAAGGAGCAGCGGCUGCAGAACCAGACCUCGUUCUCCGGGCUUUACCCGAGCGCCAGCAGCCUUCUCGCCUCCCACAAAGCAGAGGGAAGGAAAGUUCGGGCUAUUUAUGAUUUUGAGGCAGCAGAGGACAACGAGCUGACCUUCAAAUCUGGAGAGAUCAUCACCAUCUUAGAUGACAGUGACCCCAACUGGUGGAAAGGUGAGACGUAUCAGGGCGUGGGCCUUUUUCCAUCCAACUUUGUCACAGCAGACCUGACAGCAGAGCCAGAGAUGAUGAAAACAGAGAAAAAGACCGUGCAGUUCAGCGAGGACAUCCAGGUGGAGACCAUUGAACCGGAGCCUGAGCCUGUCUACAUAGACGAGGAGAAAAUGGAUCAGUUGCUCCAGAUGAUCCAGAGUGCAGAUCCAACAGAUAAUGAGUCAGACGCCUGUGAGCUGCUCCAGCUCGAGGCUGCCUGCAACCAAAUGGGUCCGCUCAUUGAUCAGAAACUGGAAGAAAUUGACAGGAAGCACUCAGAGCUGUCUGAGCUUAAUGUGAAGGUGAUGGAGGCACUCUCACUGUAUGCCAAGCUGAUGAACGAGGACCCUGUGUAUGCCAUGUACGCCAAACUGCAGAGUCAGCAGUACUACAUGCAGCAGCCCGGCACCUCACAGCAGGUGUAUCCAGGGCAAACAUCUGCAGGACAGUAUACGGUGGCUGCUACAGGGGUGCAGGGUUACAAUGUGGAGCAGAUUCCUGCCAUGAACCAGGCUCCUUUACCAGGCCAACCAGUGCCCAGUGAUAUGCACAUGUACAUAGGCCAGGCGCCCGUGUACAGCGCUCCUGCGGGCAGCAUGGCUCCUGCUGAAGUGCAGCAGGCAUACCAGAACACCGCCAGUGGACAGGCAGGCCUGACCCAAAAUCUCAGCUACAGCUGUGCCAAUCCUACAGACCCUCAACAGAGCCCUUACCCAGAAAAAGCCCUCUUAUAGGACCCCGAACACAUUUCUCUCUUCUCCAGUAUACAUACACACCCUUCUCAUGAACAAAGAGGUGCAAGCUAACACUAAAACAACAUGGCUGCACAGCACGGGUGCAGACUGAUCCGCACUCUUAGUUGACCGUCGUUGUUUCUGAUGAACAUACACAUGUCCAUACACACUACGCUCUUUCAGUAACGCACCCAGAGGGUAGAAACCCGUCUGUCUGACCAAGUAAACGACACCGAAUAUCGAUUCACUGCUGACUGGUUACAUUAUGCAAUUUGAAGAAAGGCAGACAGAGGAGUCAGUCUCUCUCUAGCCAUCUCACUAGCUCUCUCUCUUUCACUCGCACUCUUGAAAUAUAUCUCCAUCUAUCUCUCUCUA